CCCGGUUCCUAUAUUCAACGGAUCGUCAUAGUAUCAAAGCUACUAUCCGUUUUUCUAGAACUAACUACGAGUCGUAAAUAGCGUUCCACAAUUUUAUUUUUUGACGUGCCGUCGACGGACAUCCGUUGGUCAUAAAAAUACCGAGCCCUCUUCACUCACAGAUGUGCGUUUCGUUAUACGCCAAAUUUAAAUUAAAAUAACACAAAAUUCAGGACAAAAUAAGUUAAAUAUAGUGCUAAUUGAUCAUUAUAAACUUUAGGAAACUUUAUAUUAGUAAAGAACUAUAUAAUUGUAGACAUCGACGUGAUAAUUUUCUUUCUAAACAACCGAAUGCGUUACACAGAAAGCAAAAACUUAACGUUUUUCUCGCGCACACAAGCGUUGCUUGUCAGUUAACCUUCAUUGUCUUUUCAUUGUUGAUUAAUGUCAAUUUUUGUGAAGAAUAUCAAUACCAAAUCAAUAAAAUACAACGACGACUGUUUAAAGCCUUUUUAAAAAUGGAUAAUAUUACGCCGAAAUCGAAGAAGGCUAUGAACAAGGACGAGGUUGCCCUGCUUGUAGAUCUAAUACAGAGCAACCCAAUUAUUAACAGUAAGGAAACUAAUGCCUCUACAAAUAAAUUGAAAGAUGGAUGUUGGAUUUCAUUGACCAACACAUUCAACGCAAAAAGUGGUCAAAUACCAAGAAAACCAGACCAACUCAAAUUAAAAUGGGAUAAUCUGAAGAAAGCAGCUCGUAAAAGAGCUGCAAAAAUUAGAAUGAACAAUUUGCAGACUGGCGGUGGCAAACCGGACUUUAUUCCACCAGACGAAACCUUGGACAAAGUGGCCAGUUUAUUGGGAUCUACAUGUUCAGGGUUUGAUGUUCCGUUUGGUGGUGAUGGAGUAGGUGAAAGUAUUUUAUUUGAAGUUAUCAAUGCAGCAGAUGAAACUGCAGAACAACCACCCUCAGAAAGCGCAACAGUUCACAUCCCUGAUACAUCACCUAUGCCUCUAAAUACAACAAAAAAGAGGAAAAUAGACUUCAUCUCCCAGCCUGAAACUUCUGGGUACUUUGUACAAAAUUCGAAAAAUAUAUACGGAAUGACCUCUAUGUCCAAGUCCUUGCAAAGCAAAGCCAAAAAAUUCAAGGAUAAGAGGGAUGAUGGGCGGCUCGAACUAAAUUUGGCAAUGGCCAAAUAUUAUGAAAAAAAGGCAGAAAAAUUAGACAUAGAAAUAAAAAUACUGAAACUAGAAUUAGCUUUUAAGGAAAAUAAUAACAAUAAUUAAUUAUUUUUGUAUACCUUUUAUUAAGCACUGUAUCACUAUUUAUUAAGCACGCGGUAGAAAAAGAGUUAAGUAGUGCAAUUUAAAACUUAUGUAAAAAAUGUAUGUGGCUCUCUGAACUAUCAGAGAGCCUAUUACAGCGCUAACAAAUAUAAAAUGGAAGAUGAAAAUCCAUGGAGG